ACAAUAUUUUCUUACCUUUGCUUCAUUUUUUUUUCCCUGUCAGCGUUUAUGUACAUACAUAUUGUAAAUAAAUUAUUCUAACAGUGUAAACCUCGCCACUUUUAUUUUGGCUGUCACAUUUGGCACAGUUUAUUUGUGGGUACGGGAUGUAGCUUUGCACAGAGCAGGUACUGAUUAGAGGGAAAGCACGAGCAGCGGUGCUUAUAUGACGUGCCGGCUCACCGUUUCAUCCACUCUCUCUGUAAGAUAAUUAGAUAUGAACUAAAAAACAAAGUUGUAUGUUGUUAACAUAAAAGUUUUGGGCAUUACCUCAAAAAGGGGCAGAUGUGAGAAUGUGAGGGGGCACUACAAUAUCACAUGGACUUAGAGGGAUUACACGAUUCAGGAUGGGUUUGUGACAUAAAUUCCCAAGAAAGACAGAAAGGACAGUAGAGUGGUGAGGAGACAAACACUGAGUUGCUCCAUCAGUCUUUGUUUCAUCUCCAUCCUACCGCUGGCCACGAGGAUUAAAGACAAAUGUGGCCAAAGAGGAACGGGUCAGAGAUGCUCUUCCUGGAGGAGGAAAACUGGUGACACACAGAGAGAAAAGAUGAUGAGGCUAGUGACACGGAGAAUCUGUUCAAGAUGGAGCAACUAAAAUCUAGUACUUAAGGAGCUUUUUGAUUAAGGGCUUUUGACUGAGGCAGAGAUAACAGAGGAUUGAAGGCUCAGAGGACUGCAAGAAGUGCAAGGUUUUUCUUUCCCGCGGUAGGUCUUUGACCUGGACUAUUACAGCAGUAUUUGGACUGUGGGCUGACAUGUGCAUGAGCGACUGAGGGAUACAACUGACAUGGGUCCAGCCGUGGAGUUGACAAUGAGAAGCAGGGUCAGGCCUGAGUGUGAAGCAGGGAGCCAGUAGCCAGAGACACAGAGCAGCACAUAUUCUUUUAUAACACCAUAAUAACAAGUGUAAAACUAAUAAGACCUUGGUCACAAUCAUGGCUCUUAAAAAUUCUAGAAAUACUCAGCAAAAGUAAAUGGCUUUUGUCUUUGCUCCAUUUGACGGUUACAUUUGACUUGUUUCAGGAUGUCCUCGACCUCUUCUUCACAUACACCGUUUUUAAUGAUAAGGCGUGGUAUUUAUAAAUGAUGUCAUGCUUUUUCAGUAGUAGUCCGGCUGGUUAAAUAUUUACCCACACAAGGGUCUGCAAGUGUUGAGGUCAUUGUAGUCAUCGUGGGUUAGUGAAAUGAUAAUGGCCACAUCAUUUGUCCCAGAGAUCAAUAGCAGGAUGUCACAUCAAAGCUGUUUGUGCAGCAUACUGUUACAUCCUCACAUCCGUCAUGUCUUUCCUACUGUGAACUACUGACUAUCUAAAUCCUCUGAUGCUCAUUUUUUAUUGUUCCAUCUGUCCUCUCCCACGUGUAUCAACUUAAGAGCAUCUUAUCCUGCUCACCACCCUCCCGCUCUCUUCGUUCCUCGUUGUGACUUCACAGCAUCUUUUUGUUUGUGAUCUUCUCUCCGUGCUGUUACAUCACAUUUAUCUGUGCUUUCCAUUUAAAACAAGCCCAAAGCAUCUGUCCUUCCUUCCCCCCUUGGCUCAAUCCGUGACUCUAUUUACGCUGUCUGUCCUGUUUGUCUUAUUUCCACGUGCACUCUCCUCCACCUUCUGCUCUCUCUGCCUCGCUUUCUGUUUUUUCUCUCCCUCCUCUGACUCUCUCUAACUAUCCCCCCGCCUCCCCCCGUCUCUCGCGUGGCCAUGCUGGAGCAAAUGUCCCGUCGCUCCCGCUCCCUGCUCUCUUUGACCUUGACCACUCUGGCUCUGGCCCUCUCCAUCCUGGCUCUCUGCACCUCCUACUGGUGUGAGGGCAUCCACAAGGUGGUCAAGCCUCUCUGUCUGUCCCCUGUCAAAAUGAAGAACUGUGGUCAGAACAACAGCGAGCCUUACACCACAGAGAGUCCCACUCAGAACCCCUUCAACCGCACACUGUCUCCAGCCAGGAGAGAUGAACUGGCCAAGAUCAGACAGAGGCAAAUGGCCAACGCAGUGCACUACAUCUGGGAGACGGGCGAGGACAAGUUUGCUUUCAGAUACUUCCACACUGGCUUCUGGGAAAGCUGUGAGAAACACAACGAUGGAGAGAUAUGUCGCAGCUUUAUAGAGUUAACCCCCGGGGACACACAAGGUGUGCUCUGGCUGUCAGUGAUUUCGGAGUUCACGUACAUCGGCCUGCUGGGAAUGGGCUUCUUACUGAUGUGGCUGGAGGUUUUGUGCUGUCGUAAAGAGAUCCACUCACUAAAAAUCAAUGCCUUUGCAGCGAUCUGUAUUGUGCUAUCAGGUCUUCUUGGUAUGGUUGCCCACAUGAUGUUCACCACGGUGUUUCAGAUGACAGUCAUUGUGGGCCCCAAAGACUGGAGGCCUCAGUCCUGGGAUUACGGCUGGUCAUUUGCUCUUGCCUGGGUGUCCUUCAGUUGCUGCAUGGGCGCAGCUGUGGUCACACUCAACUCCUACACAAAGACUAUCAUCGAGCUGCGUCGCAGACAGAGGCUACGACUGGAAGAAGCGAGAACCGCCAGUCACGCCCCAGCCUAUGACAAGGUCGUUCCAGGGGGCGGGAUCUACUCUGUCAGUGGCCUGCUACAGUGUCCAGAAGGCAUGAUCGAUGUGGCGUGGGCCCGGAAUGGCAGCAUGGUUGGAAUGGGAAAUGGCGAUGUGCCAACGCUGGUGUUGGUUGGAGGCUGCGGGACAGAGGGCUGUGAAGACUGUGAAAGAGAGAUGGAUGAGAUGGACGAGGUCGUGGACCGAGUUGAUUCCCCUUGUUAGGGAAAUGGUUGAAUUUGAACUGAAAAAAGAAAGACACCUUUUCUUUCACUUUGACUUUCAGCGAGCUUGGAAAAUAGGACAAUGAAAUCAAAAUUAAGAGGACAUUGUAACAGUGAUGAGAACCCAGAAUUUCUGGGUAUUUCUCCGUGCCUCAUGAUAGGAAAGAAUAUUUGUCUCCAUAUGUACAUGUUUUAUUGUAAAACAUCAAGAUGACAUGUCAUGUCGUGUGAUAUCAGUUUUAUUAUAUAAACAUAAUGGAUGUUUCUUUA